AUGAAGGCACGCCUUGGCGAGCUCCAAGCCCGACUAGAUAGUCACGAACGCAACCAGGCUCAGCAGACAGGAAACUCGGAGAACAUCGAUUCAUCUUCGACAAGCGGAUCCGUUCGGGGCUUUACAGCCAUCAACAAUCAGGUUUCCGGCGUCGAAUCAUCCCCACCUCCUAUGCCCCAAGAUAAGUCCCCCAUUAGCCAGCCCCAGGCGCAGCCAGACAUGUAUGAACGGCCUGGCAAUGAAGCCGAGCUUGUAUUCCAGCAUUUGCCUCGAAACACUCUCAACAGCCCAGCGCAGACGCAACCAUCCCCCGAAACCAAUGUCCUGCUCUCUCCUCUGGCUCAUCCAGUCCCAGAACGAGUUUCCAAAGUACCCCACGACUUCGUGCUAGACUGUUUGCGUUUCCAAACGCAACUAUUAAACCGCCUUAACAGUCUGCAGCAAGAGGCCCAUUUCACCCCUUCUUACACCCCGAGCAAUGCUGCGCCGCCACAGCCUCUAGAGAACUUGGCCCAACCUGAGCAUACCCAGUGCUCAAAUUCCUUUUCCCCUACUAAUGUGGAACCCAUGGAGUUCUCCUACGAGUCCAGCGGCGACAUGUGGAAGACAGAUGCCUUGCCCAAGUCUCGCCCUCCGCCCGCAUCUGAUGAACCCAUUACCUUCCCACCACUUCCUGCUGCCGCUACACCCAGCGCAGUCCUAAACAGUCCCGUUCCUGAGGGCCCCAAUCAAAACCUCCGGCCUACGCCUCAGCCUGUUACCCAAGCUGCUUUAGGAGAGCGCAUCGGAAGCAUCAUGGAGGCCGUCCAGGCAGCUGGAUUUGAUAGCUUUGAUGCUCUCGUCUCUGCGUACUACUGCGAUACGUUUGGAGAGGCUUCUCCUCUGGCUAAUGAACAACGUCUGAGUCGCAAUAGGCGACUGCCAAAGGUGAUUGCCGAUGUGUUCCAAGCAACCACAGGAUGGAGCGCGUGGGAGCGCCGUGGGUUUCAGGAAGAGAUACUCAAAACCGCCGAAUCCAUGCUGAUAUCAGAGGGAGCCGGUGCUCGGUCUUCUGUAAUGUCCAAAAUUGAGCCUUUACUGGACUCACACGACCCAGCUAACCCGGACACCACCGCGGACGCUCUAACCAAUCUUAAACGAUCUAUUCAAGAUGAGCUGCCCAAUUCAUGGGCUCUAACAAUGGCUCUGGCCUCUGGCACCCGCAAUUCCUUUCAAAAAGACCGUUCAAAUGCGGCACUGGCAACAACUCUCCUCGUCAAUUUCUCAGGUCGAAUGCCCAAAGAUCAGCUGCUGCAGAUUCUGAGCGCAUGUCUUUGA